AUGUCGGCGUGGUCAACCCAGACCUACCUCCCUGCAAUCGAGCCACGGGAUUGUCCUUGCUGUGGCGAGACUUUCCCGUCUGGCGAGGAGAAGCUCAAGCACCAGAGAACCGUGGGCCACUUCCGAUGCGCUAUAUGCCACAGGCAGUUCCUUGACGGCCCAUCUGUCGUCCAGCACCAACUACGUGACCACAAGAAGGUUGAGAAAAUUACAUGCCCAGGCUGCUUGGUCGACUUCGCAAGCGCUGGUUCUUGGCUGGAACAUGUCGAGCACAACCAGUGCAAGGUCAUCUUUCCAGGAGACCUCGAAAUCCGCCGUCAGCAAUUGCAGGCUUUCCGCACCGCCCUAGCUGACAAGUCACCGGUCCGUGAUCUCGCCAUGCCAUACCAGGCAUCAGACACUUGGGCAGACUACGUGCCAGGCCCAGCCUACGACAAUUUUGAGGUGCACCACGGGACGGCCGUCGAGCAGAAUUACAAGGAACAGAGCAGUUUCCCGCGGCUACCUACGAACCAGUUCCGCGCAGGUGACUCCAAAGUGCUCGAUCUGCUCUCGGGAGAUGUUGACGUCUACACCGGCAAGGCUGCAAAUGCCUGGAGCGGUGCCAAGUCGUUCUUUCCAAAGCGAUCGUACAAUGCAGUCCCUCCUCCAGCCGAACACACUCACGGAGUCGCUCUUUACACAAAGCCAUGUGCGGCAGAUGGGGAUGCAGUGCUCUGCAAGGAUCCAUACGACCCAAGGUUCAACCCAGAUGUGUUCAAGAACCCCAUCUUGGACAAGUUCAAGUGUCCUCACCUAAGCUGCUCGCAAACGGACAAAUUCCGACAGGUUCUCUCCACCUUAACAGGAGGCAUCUUGGACGCAAAGAUCAACGUGAAAGACGAGAAUGGCGACAAGCGAGAGAUAUCCAUAGACGAGCUACGCGGCGACAUGACGGAAAUCGUUGUGGAUGAAAGGGCAGCUGAGAACUUGCGCAACAAGAGCGCGCACGGCGGUGGGCUAGGUUUCUAGGAGGGAUCUGAGCUCCAGAGCAGAGGCUCUAACGGAUGGUGAGCGUGCUGAGGGGACGCAAACAAAGCGCAGUCAAAUCCGUCUGUGCUUGCCAAGCCCGUGAGCAAGCUGUAGAAAAACAGUUCCAGCGACGCGCUUCGCAUAAGUGAAAGCACGUGCGUAUGACAGGAGUCUGGUUUCGGAACAGCUGGAGCCACGGUGUAGUUCCCAUUAGCUGUAGCGUAGUGUGCAUAAGAUAGAGCCAGGACGAUCACGGGAGACAGUCCGGCGAUGGGUUGAC